AACUUUUUUGUUUGUGAGGCGCUAUUCUUCUAUACUUGAAAAAGUCGUUCUAUAGCCAUUGGUAUCGUGGUAAAGAGAUCUGGUUUUAUAAACAAAAAUAUGCAACAAAGUUAUUAUUUUAGAUUCUAUUAUUUUUCAUAGUAACAAAGUUAUAAAUGUUUUUUUCAAGCACUAUUAUUAAAAGGUAAGAGUGCUAAAUGCUCCUUUAAAUUUACAAAAUGUGUUUUCAGCAUAAACAAAUAAACAGUAUUAAAGAUAAAAAUAAAAAAGGAAAAAACUAGUUUGGAUUUAUAGUUAGACAUGAUUUAGAAAUGCAAAAUAUACUUGGAUAUAUAUACUGCUAACGUAAUGGAACUGAAAGUAUGGGUGGAAGGUAUACAACGUAUUGUGUGUGGAGUUACAGAAAAUACUACUUGUCAGGUUUGUUGUGAAGCACAAUGAUGUUGUAUAUGCUCUUGCACAUGCAACAGCACAGACCGGUAGAUUUACCUUAGUAGAACGUUGGAGAACUAAUGAACGGCUUUUAGCUCCAUAUGAAAACCCUCUUAAGAUUUUAUUAAAAUGGGGAGAGUAUUCUUCUGAAGUCCAGCUGAUUUUGAGACGUUCUAUUGAUAACAAUAAAAAUCCAGGAUCAUCAGCAUCAAGAAUAACCCAUGGAACACGAAUAAAUGGGACAACAAAUAUGUCAUCAGAAGUUGGAGCAACAAACAAUGUUCAAGAGGAUUCUAAAACUACUCCAACGAUUUUAAAUUCAGAUUUUGAUGACUUACAAGGUGGCCUAGAAAGAAAUCGCGAUACAAGAAAGUCAUUAACAUUUGGUGGAUUUCAAGGGAAUCUUACUGAGAAUAAUGCUGAUAUUCAAAUGGAGAAUGUUGCUAUUGUUCAGCCUACACCACAUUUUAAAAACAAAGAAUUAAAUAUCCGAAAAAAUAUCCCACAAUCUCCUACACGAGGUGCUAAUCCUGAUAUUAAUGCGCAUUUAUCUCAGAAAAAAAUAAGGGAGGUUCCUCCUUAUAGAGAUCCUCCAGGACCAGCUUCUCCUCCAUUACGAACAUUACCACCAUAUAGAGAUCCACCACCACCAAAUUUAAAUAGUCCAGCAAGAUCGCAAUACGCUUCUAGCACAAACAGUAAUAUUCCACAUAUUCAUAAAGAAGAGCAACCAUCAUCUAGCAACACUGUAAAAUUGAAAAGAAAUUUAAUUCAGGUAGAAUUUCAAGAUACAAAAAGUCAAACCCAAACAAUUGGUCAAUUAUCUGGCCAAACACAGAAUAUGAUGACUGUUGCUUAUACUCAACGUUAUGUUGACCUUAUUAGACUAGUCAAUAAACAAAGAGAUACUAUUAGUGCACAACAAGCAGAUCUCACUAAAUUUGACGCAGAAAUAUUAUAUUGGGAAACUAAAAAUAGAGAACAAAUGCAUCAAAUGGAUUUUAUUUCCCAAGAAUUAAAUCGCAUUGAAGCAAAUGGUCGUAUUAUAGAAGAUCAGCUUAAAGAAUUAGCUCAUGUGGAAGAAGAAAGUGAAAUUGUAAGGCAGCAAGAAAAAACUUUAAAAUCUGAGAUAACGCUUCUCAGAUCAAAGCUUGCAAAUUGUGAAACAGAAUUACUUCAAUGUAAAAAUAAGAUUAGAUUUAUCAUGGAAGAACUUGCUGUAGAACAACAUAAUACUAAUCGUGAGACAGACGAGCGUCAAAUAAUUGAACGAAAAAUAAUUAAUGAAGUUGAACGUCUUCAGAACGAAGUAGAACAAGCUAAACGAUCAGCCGAGUUAGCUUCACAAUGCGCAGAAUCGUUAAAACUUGAAAUAGUUAGUUUGGAGUCGGCGAUUGUAGAAAAAAAAUUACAAGUUGAGAGAUUAGUAGCUGAUAUGAAAGAGGCAAAUUUACAAAGUUUAACUGUUGCUUGUCAAGAUGAACAAGUAAAAUCUUUACUAGAAGGUGCCCAUAAACCAGGAAGUACACGUAAAAUGAUAGGAUCUCCUAGACAAUUAGAGACAGCAGUACCCACAAGUAAAAAUCCACAUGGAGUUUGGGUCUAAACAUAUGCUUUAUGUAAAUAGAUUUAUAUAUGGAUGUUUAUGUACAAGAAUAAUCGUGUAAUUGCAAAAUACUGCUUGUCGUUUAUCAAGUUAAUAACAUUCCGACAAAUGUUCACUUCUUCUGUUGGAUGUUAUGAAAGGAAUUACUAUUAUAGUGUUCUACUUAUCCAUUCCUUCUCUAUUAUUACAGUAAAAAUUAAAAAAGAUUAGAGGUACAAAUGUAAUAAUUAUCUUUAUUGAUAUAUGUAUAUAAAUGUAUAACUCUAAAUAUUCUUUAGAGAUUAUGAACCACAAAUAUGGUCAUAUCAUUAGUCAAGUUUUCUUUAUAUUUUGUUACCAUCCUUUUAAAUACAUAUUAUUACAUAUUUUUUUUUAUGUUCAUACUUUUGUUUAAUUAAUUCAAUUAUUGGAUAAUUCAAUAUAAGAACUAGGCAGUUAUAGAAAGUACCUUUGUAGAUAUACUAUUAUUGAUAUUAUUUAAGUGAUGUAUAUUUAAUGAUAUAAGUAUAAUUCAUGUUUUUUUUCUUAUAAUAUACUAAUACUACUUAUAAUAAAUUUUUUAUUUUUUUGCACUUCA